AUGUUUGACAGCUCGCAGUAUCCCUACAAUUGUUUCAAUUACGACGCCGACGACUACCCGGCGGGCAGCUCGGACGAGGAGAAGCGGCUCACGCGGCCAGCGUACAGCUACAUCGCGCUGAUCGCCAUGGCCAUUCAGCAGAGCCCGACGGGCAGGGUGACCCUGUCUGGAAUCUACGACUUCAUCAUGCGCAGGUUCCCGUACUACCGCGCCAACCAGCGCGCCUGGCAGAACUCCAUCCGCCACAACCUGUCCCUCAACAGCUGCUUUGUCAAGGUGCCACGGACCGACGGCCACGAGAAGGGCAAGGGCAACUACUGGACCUUCGCCGGCGGCUGCGAGUCACUGCUGGACCUUUUCGAGAACGGCAACUUCCGCCGGCGACGGCGCCGGCGCGGCCCCGUGGGCGCGGAGGGGAGGGGGGCGCGCGGGACAGAUGCAGGGCCGCACCCGGGCCCCCCUGACCCGGCCAGCGCACCGGCGACCCCAAUCCCCCCCCGCGAGCCCCCGACCCCGGCCAGCCCUGCCGUCCUGGGGAGGGAGGCGCACAGGGACAUCAAGUUCAGCAUUGACUACAUCCUCUCCACCCCUGACCCCCUUCCGGGAUGCAGGUCACCCCACGUGCAAGAGGGCAGACACCCCCCGCUGGAGGUGCGCCAGGUGAACCUCCACCUUUGGACCAUGUGAGAGGCACUGAGGCGGCUCCCCCUCCAGGGCUGGCACCCGGUCAGUCUGGGGUCUUUGGGGUGAUUUCAGUCCACCUGAAGCAAAGAAAUGAGGUUCUGCCACAAUCCACAAAGUUCACAAACUCAGGCUCAGUGCUGAAACCAGCCUGGGUUGGAGGGAAAGAGGUGACAGGCUGAAAGGCGCUCAUUUCCCUGUUGCCCCAUUACCCCUUCAGAUAAA